GGCAGGAAACAGUAAUGGCGCUAGAAACUGUGAGUUGCUUCUUUGAUGGUUACCGGAAAAAUGGAAAAGAGGGUGAAAAUGCCUUGAAGUUAGUCCGAGAGAACAUAUCAAACUCAAUUAAGAGUUCCUCUUUAGGAAAGUAUUCGAAAUACUGUGAUGUACCAGAAGACGAAAUAAAUAACUGGUUGGACUCUUUAUUGGGGAAAGAUCGUUUGAAUGUGGAGCAAAAAAAUGAAAUACGAUGUCAGCUUUGUCAGUGUUUGAAGAGAAUUGAUGAAAAGUCUUGCAUAGCUUUGUGGAAAUACUGGCUUCGACCGGUUACAAAUCCCAUAUCGGCAUUACUUAUUGUUGAUGCUCAAAAUGACUUCAUGAGUGGGUCUCUGGCAUUAAAGCACUGCCCUGCUGGUGAAGAUGGUGAGGAAGUAGUGGCAGUGAUAGAAGAUCUGUUGUCUAAAAAUCUAUUUAAAGUUGUUGGUUACACAUUUGACUGGCAUCCACCAGAUCAUUGUUCCUUUAUAGACAAUGUGUCAUUGUAUCCUCUGCACUCCACUAGUCCUGUAAGUUCAGCACAAGCCAAACUAUUUGAUGUUGUGGUUUAUGACAAACUUCCUCUCAUCAAUCAAAUUUUGUGGCCAAGACACUGUGUUAUAGACAGUUGGGGAGCUGAGCUCCACAAUGGAAUCAAGCCUCCUGGUAAAGAUGAUAUCACAGUGAAGAAAGGAAGCAAUCCCCGUAUUGACAGCUAUUCUGCAUUUUGGGAUAAUGCAGACUGUGUCCAGACUUCGUUAUUUGUUGAUCUUCUCAAACGGGGUGUUACAGAUGUCUACUUGUGUGGUUUAGCUUUUGAUGUUUGUGUGAAACAUUCAGCAAUUGAUGCUUUGGAGCAAGGGUUUAAAACUCAUGUUAUAGUGGAUGGUUGUCGUGGAGUGUCACCUGAUGGAAUUGCCGAAACAAGGAAGGAGUUUUUAAAGAAUGGAAUUGUGCUAAUUGAAUCUAAUAAGGUGGAAGAUGCACUCAGGGACAAGAAAGAGCAAGGUCAUAAAGUGGCAUGAAAGUAAUAUCAGCAGGCAAUUUCUGCUUCAUAAAUAUUUCUUUACUUUAUUUUGAUAAGUUUUUUUAUACUUUUUUUGUUACUAACUUAUGGUGCAGAUUCUGUCUGAAUUACUAGGAGGACAGUCGGGUUUGGUUAAGAAUUAAAUUAAUAUUGGUGUGCAAGAUUAAAUUAUAUAGAGUCACAUUUUGCUUGAACAAAAGUUUUAUGGCUCUUGUGUGUUGUUGUGUGAAGUUAUUAGGCAAGACCAAGUCCAAAUUUGACAGCAACUGUGCAAUUUUUUAGUAAUUUAUAUCUGAUUUGAAGAUAACAAUCAACUGUACAGUUUAUACCAUGCUGGUCAUGUUUUUCAGGGACUAAAAAAAAAAAGGUGGAACAAAUAUGAUUAAUAUAUGCUACUUUUCAAUUCAUCAAAUAGUUUUGCUGGUGCAUGACUGGUUUAAAUGCAUCUAAAUUAAAUAAGCCUUGGCAUAAACAAGGGAAAUAUCCAGUGAUAUUCCCAUAGUGAUAUUCCUUAAUUUUGAAACCAUGUGUCUAAUGUAAUGGAAGUCUUACUUCCAAAGUUCAUUCAAGUGGGGAGAGCAUUUAACUGUUGUUGCAGUAGAAGGGACCUAUUUGUUUUUUCAAUAUUUGUUUUUGAUAGUAGGAUGACUUGAAUAGUUUUUUUUGUGCACUACAAAAAAAAUAUAUGAAAGAUAAAUAAAACAUUUUAAUAUAUUGCAUAUUUGUCCUAAGACAAUAAUUUUGGUAGAAAUGAGCUUGAUGAAUACUACAAACUUGGAGGAAGAGAGAAAGUCCGAGGACAAAUAUCUGAACAUAGUGUUGCAGUAAAUGGAGGCUAUUUUUUAAUGUGAUGUUGGCCAUAGUAAAUUGUACUCUGAGAUACUAAUUAUGACUAAGGAGCUAAUAUUAAAUGGGGUAGUUUGAAAAUAUUGUAGGUUUUGAUUUUUGCAGAUCAAUCCUCAAACGUGUACCACCCCCCACAAAAUAAAUUACUGCCACAAUGUCACUUCAUAGUCACUGUAUGUGGAAUCAGUAAAAACCACAAAAAACCAUCUACGCUAUGCCUUCCUUAUGAACCGAUAAGGACAGUUCAUAUUUUCCUGUUAGGACAGAAAAUCACAAACAAUUUUUAUUUCACAGGAGAAAUUCCAGUCACCUUGAGCUGCAAAAAUUUGAUCCUGCAAACCUAAGAAAAAUUAACAAUUUACAAAAUAAAAUUCAAAACAACUUUUCUUAAUACAUUGUAUGCUAUAUUUAACAUUAUUUAUCAUUGCAUUGGUUGACUGGGUGAAUGAGUGUUCAGAAUAAAAAUUAUUUAAUCAGGGAAUGAUACAUAAAAUUGAUAGACAAUGUAUACUCUCUGAGUUUAUUUUUUCAGCUUCAACACAGCUUCAUGUAAAGUGUGAUAACUGGCAAUAAAAAUAGUUUGA